GUAACGGCUCGAGUUUUUGGAUUUGUUGACGUGAAAUUUGGCUCGGUCAGUGGCUAAGAAGGCAAAUCCAUCGGAAUGUACGAAGCCAGAUGCGUCUUGCGAUUUUUACAUAUUCGGGUUUUUAUCCAAACGCCUCUCAACCAACUUGAACUUCCCACAUUUGCCAUUUAUUCCGACCACUCAUGUACUUAUUUACUUGCACAGCGUGAUUUCAAGUAAGUUCUAGUUCAAUCACCCGUGACUUAUUUUUGCCCAGCCUCAUUGUCCCCGUCUCUUGUCUCAGUAAUAUCCGUAUCGUAAGUUUCGUUUUCGACAAGAAGUGCAGGCAGCAUGAAAAGAUACAAUCCGCAAAAUAAACGCAAGGCGGAACAAGGUCAUGUGGCGCCACGACAAAGUGUGAGCGAGGACGAUGACGAAGUUGGUAGUCGCAGCGUCGGUUCGUCCCGGAGUACGACGGCUACUAGCGAUGGAGAUACCUCCCCCGACGAGGAUUACAACUCGUCCUUUACGUCGGCCACAUCGGUUUCAGCGUCAUCGGUCGAAAGCAAUUGUAGCAGUGCCGACGAAGGGGUAGUAGAAAUUCAUCAUGCUUUGCAAGAUUCAGAUUGCAUCGACGUGGAGCGGUUGCUUGUUCGUGGGAGCAGUCAUGAGCAGGCCUCUCGCAUUGCUGGACGCAGAGUAGUAGAAGAGAAAAACCCUCCUGUGGAAGAUCAGGUCGUUGGGCAGGAAACCAAGCUAUGCGCGUCAGCACUGUCGGCACCAAAGCGGCGCGAGCGUCGGUCUCGCUACGGGGAACGAAAACAAGUUUCGAUCCCGGCAGCGCGGACUUUUUUACCGACUCGAAGAGGUUCGACUGCGAGCAAGACUUCGUCAGUGGAUGUGGAAGAGUUGUUGCGUCGUGAGGGUGACCAAAAGAACCCAGCUAAAAGUAGUGAAAAUGACGAAUUCCGAUCUUCAAAGCCCACACUGACGCAAGCGCAUCUGCAUCACUCGUCUCGUCGGCGUCAACCGACGGUCCUAGCUGCGGAAUCACACACCUCCGAAGAUGGUGUUGCCUCGAGAACAGCAUCAGCGCACCGACCUGAAAAAGUCGAUAGAGAUAGUUUUGUUGACGAAGCAAAACUGCAAUCCGAUAAUUCGUCCGGAAAACAGCUUUUGGUCUCGACCUUCCCAAGAACGGUCGAAAGCAAAACGUCGGGCCGCGAAAAGAUUCUGGCACGCUUUCAAGAAAAGAAGAAGCUCGAUGAAUUAGCCGGGCAUACACUGGCUAGUAAGACCGAAAAUCUCGCAGAAGCGGGUCUUUUCCUCGGUGUGUAUUGGUCUCCGUUUGAUCCCCGGUCAAUUCUGGGCUGGUCGAUCGACACUGGGCCGUACAUCGUAUCCUGUGCAAAAGCAUCGUACUCGUAGUAAUUGCAAUCAUGCAUUACAAAGCUUCUUCUUAGGAUAAAUCCGCAAUACAAAUUUUAUUUCUCACGCUGAGGAAAUUUGUAGUGCAUUUAUACGAGUGCGAUACUUUUGCAGUGCAUACAUCGGGUUGUGCAACGAAAAUUCAACCUCCACCGCGGCGAGAAAAGACAGGCAGGCGCCAGCCAAAAACAGUGACACGACUACAACAUCCGGAAUAAAGACCAACCGCAAGCCAACUAGCGCAGAAAUGAAGCGAACCAAUCCUGAUAGCUCGCGCGUAGUACACCAACG